AUGGGGAUGAAGAACGUAACAACUUGGUUUAUGUGGGCCUAUAAUAAAUCUAUAUUUGAAAUAUCUCACCCGGAGUUACCAAGUGGUGUAGAAAUAUAUGGGCUUCACAAACCAACGUUACAAUUUAAUUUGUCGCAAACGACGGCCGGCUUUGCAUUCAAUGACUAUUUCUAUUUGUUUGCCGGCAAUCGUGUCUGUCGUAUGCAUAACACGACUCUCAGGUUUGACGACAACUGUUUCAAUCAAUCCAUCGCUCAAUGGAUUGGAUGUGAAGACUAUAAUAAAUUCAUAAUUAUAGCCAUAGUUAAUCCAUUGUGUGAUCCAAACAUCACAAUUGAUUCGGCAUUUGUGGACAAAUACUGUGAUUUGGGAUCAGAUGUCAUCACUUUGUUUGCAGACAACACUGUCUAUCAAUUGACUGUCGAAACCACGGAUCCAAUGAAACCUAACCUCAAAUACAAAAGAUCCCAAUCAUUGAAAGAGUGGUCAAACUAUGGAUCCAUAUCUCCGCCCAUCGAUGUUGUGUAUUACGAAUUUAACAACGGAUAUGUCAUUGCAUUGCUAAACGUAAUUCGUAAUAAGCUGACCGUUGAUGAGAUCGAGGGUUAUUUGUCACAAACGACGGCCGGCUUUGCAUUCAAUGACUAUUUCUAUUUGUUUGCCGGCAAUCGUGUCUGUCUUCUGCAAUUAACCAAUACUUCUGACACCGAAUCGGUGUAUAUAUCGAUGAAUGCAUUGAACACAAUGUCAUCCAUAUCUUUACCGCCGAUGAAUGGGAACAGACCUACGGUUUCACAACUAAAGAGGGCUUCGAUUUAA